AUGAAAGGUGGGACGGUUCAGAUCAAUUGGCACGACACCAGGCCAGUCUUAACCCUUGAUUUCCACCCGUUCUCCGGUAUUCUCGCCACCGGCGGCGCCGAUUACGACAUCAAGCUCUGGUCGAUAAAUUCAGGCGAUGCGCAGAAGAACAGCCCAACAGCUUCCUACCAAAAUAGCCUUUCUUACCAUAGUUCUGCCAUAAAUAUCCUGCGGUUCUCUCCUUCUGGGGAACAACUUGCAUCUGGUGCUGAUGGAGGUGAACUGGUCAUUUGGAAGUUACACUCUUCAGACACAGGUCAAACGUGGAAGGUUUUCAGGGCUCUAUCGUUUCACCGCAAGGAUGUCCUGGACCUGCAGUGGUCUGCCGAUAGUGCGUUUCUUGUUUCUGGAUCAGUCGAUAAUUCUUGCAUUAUAUGGGAUAUAAGCAAAGGUUCUGUCCAUCAGAUUUUGGAUGGCCACUUCCAUUAUGUUCAAGGUGUAGCGUGGGAUCCACUGGCCAAGUAUGUUGCUUCCCUUAGUUCUGAUAGAACUUGCCGUAUUUACGUUAAUAAGCCUCAAACAAAAACAAAGGGCAUGGGAAAGAUGAAUUACGUUUGUCAGAAUGUCAUUACAAAGGCAGAACAUUCAUCAGUAGAUGACUCCAAAUUUGCAUUAAAUCAUCUUUUCCAUGAUGAAACAUUGCCAUCUUUCUUCCGAAGAUUAGCCUGGUCACCCGAUGGAUCAUUUUUACUUGUGCCUGCAGGUUCUUGUAAAAUUUCAUCUUCAUCCGAAACAGUAAAUACAGCUUACAUAUUUUCCAGAAAUGAUCUUUCAAGGCCGGCUCUACAGCUCCCAGGUGCUAGUAAGCCAGUUGUAGUGGUCCGUUUCUGUCCAGUAGUUUUUAGCCUUCGGGGGUCAACUCCAGCUGCGCUCUUUAAGCUCCCAUAUCGCCUCAUUUUUGCGGUGGCCACUUUGAAUUCUUUAUACAUAUAUGAUACAGAGAGCAUUCCUCCUAUAGCAAUCUUGGCUGGUCUUCACUAUGCAGCCAUAACAGACAUUACAUGGUCACCUGAUGGCCGAUACUUGGCAUUAUCCUCCCAAGACGGUUACUGUACUAUACUAGAAUUUGAACAUGAACUGGGAUUGCCCAUCUCUUUAUCAGAAGGAAAGAAAGUCAUGGUUGAUGAGAACCAGGGGCCUGUUCAGAAGCCAGAGGAUAUGUUAAUCGAUGAAACUAGGAGAGAAUUUGUUGUUGCAGCAGAUAGCACGAAAUCAGAAGCAGGAGAGAAUGAAAGGAAACUGGCAUCACCAAGCUCAACAACUACUCCUAUCUCAAAUAAACCAGCUAAGAGGCGCAUUACUCCCUUGGCAAUUGAUCCUUGAUACCAAUGCAGGGUCUACAUGAUAUAUGGAACAAUGAUCUUGUUUAUAAAUGUCUAAAAACGACCCCUUCCCUUUCCAUUUUAUUUUUUCAGGGGCUAGGGUUUUGUGGAUCACUGUAUUUUAUGGAGCCCCAAUAGUACACGCAACACAAACUGCAUGACUGCCUAUCACAUGUAAAAGUGUAUAAAGCAUGCAUUAACGAAUAGUAUUUACAAAGACGAUUAAACUAAAUGUUACCUUAUAGGACAAUUU